AUGGCACCUGUUCUCACCGAGAAAGCUGAGUUGAAGCUGUUCCCGUGGAGCGAUGUGGUCGAUUGGAACAUGGCGAUCAAAGCCUCGAAGCAAUGGACCCUUGGGCUCGUUCUCCUGCAGGCCAUGCUUCACCACAUCUUGCAGCCGGACAUCAUCAGCCACAGCACCAGCAUCCCCUGGCUGCCCUGGAGCGCUGCCACUGCAGCGCUGCGGCGCAUUGGUCACGUGGCAUUGCAGCCCAAUGUGGUGACUUUGGGCGGUGCCAUCAACGCCUGCCAAAAAGCUGCCCAGUGGCCGUCCGCUGUCGCGCUCCUGCGAAACGCGGCCAUGGUCGGAGCGCCGCCCAAUGCGGUCGCGUGGAACAGCUGCAUCAGCUCUACAGGGGACUGGCAGAUUGCCAUGCAGCUCCUUGAAACGAUGCAGAUGUGGAGAUUGACCGUCGAUGUGGUCACAGUCAAUAGUUUAAUUGCCGUUUGCGAGCAAUGCUGCCAAUGGCAAGUGGCCUUAGCCCUUUUAGAUUCCGGCCUGCAACUGGGGUCCCAGUUGCUACCGAAUCUUAUCUCCUUCAACAGCACCAUCAGCGCUUGCAGCAAGCACUCCGAAUCCUCCAGGGUUGCGGCACUCAUCGGCAUCAUGCAGGAACUGCGUGUGCGUGCAGAUGUGGUCAGCUACAACAGCAUCAUCAGUGGACACCUGGGGCACGUGAGUGCAUGGCAAAGCACGUUUAAGGUGCUGGAUAAUUUGAAGAUUGCCACUUUGCAAGCGAGCAGCAUCACUUACAACACGGCGAUGAGCGCGGCUGGUUCUUGGGAAGCUGUGUUAGGCUUGUUGAUUGCCACCCCCUUCACCAACGUCGUCACCUGCACCAGCGCCAUCGAUGGGUGCAGUGGCCGCUGGGAAAUGGCCAUGCACUUCUUGGGACGCAUGUUAUGGAUGGGGCUGUUGCCUAAUGUCAUCACUUUGAGCAGCGUGCUCAGCGCAUGUCAAACCGCCCAACGGUGGCGUCUGGCCUUGGCAGUACAGCAAAUGAGCUCGGCUGCCAAAGUUUUACCAAACGUGAUUUGCUACAACAGCACUUGCACUUCUUGUGAGCAGACUGGAAGGUGGUGGAUGACCGUGGGCCUUUUAAGACAGAUGAGUUUGGAGCGAGUGACGGCGAGUUCUCUCAGCUACAACAGUGCAAUUGCAGCAUGUGAGCAGGUGAAGUGGGAGCUGACCCUGGUGAUUUUAGACUGCUUGGAGCACUUCAGAGGGGCCGAUGCCCUGAGCUACAGCAGCGCUGUGUGCGCUUGCAGCCAGGGCCAUGGCACUGCCGUGGCCGUUGCCUUGAUGAGCCGAUUGGCCCUGGCUUGGCCUGCGUGGCUGAAAAAGAGGGCAACCCAGGGCUUGGGAUCAUGGGAUGUUUGGGCCAUGUAA